AUGGCGGAGGCGGAGGCGAGAAUCGUGGUGGCGGCGGUGGCGGCGAGAGUGGUGGUGGCGGAGGCGGCUGUUCGGGUGGAGCCCCCCUCGGGUACCGGUGGCGGAGACGGUGUGGUUCUGGCGGCGGCGGAGCUUCUAGUGGUGAUCUCGAACCAAGAAGUCCCACUGAUGCUGCUGGGGUCUGGUCACGUUGGCCAGAAGACGCCGGAGUUGGCACCGGUGGCGUGUAGCAGGAGCGAGCUCGGCCUUCCUCUGUGGCCUUCGAAGUGA